AAGUUCCAGGUUUGAAAGUAAACUUCCAAUAUGAAAAGCUUGCUGAUUAUUAGUUUCUGUUUGUGCCUUUUGGGUGUUACCAUCGCUCAAUCUUCGUUGCUCUCCGGUCUGAGCAGCACUCUUUUAACUCUUGUCAGCAAUGUGCAAAGCCAACUAUCGAGCUUGGUCAGCUCAGUCGAAACCGCUUUGACCAAUGCUGCCAGUUCUUCCAGUUCUCUGGCUCCUACUUUGACUGCGGCUCUGACAAACGCCGAAACAGCCAUCCAGAAUGCCCAAUCGGCCUUGAACACCGUCGUUUUCAACGGAUUGACGUCUGUGCGUUCCAGCCUAACCUCGGACCUGUCUGCCGCUACUGCCCAGUUAGCGGCCGCCACUGUCGAUGUAAACACCAUCAUCAGCCAAAUUGUCGCAGUUGGAGACUCUGUAUCGAGCGAUUUGAUCACCGAAUUGGUCAACGCUACCGCAAAUCUGAACAGUCUUACCUUGACCGUUGCAACGGAAACUUCAUCGGUGAUUGGUUCGGUCCUGACUGGCGUUAAUGGAUUGCUAUUCGGUUAA